AAAAAAGAAUGUGAUUACUAAUUGAAGAGGACAGAACGGUCAUUUGAACUGAUUGGCCACAACUUCUAGUCUUCCUUCACCCGUUCACCGUUACCGUAAUUUAACACGCCGGGAAGGAAAUCUAUCAAAUUCUCCUUCAAGCUUUUCAAUUUGUGAAUUAUCGUCUAUUUCUGAGUUCGAGAGCUCGAGGAAUUUGGAGCAGCAGCUGCAAAUUUCUUCCUCCGCCGGAGAUUUUCCUUCCACUUUUCUAUGUCUCAGAUCUGACUUCAAUCGAGCUCGUACUCUUCAAGGAUGGAGUUUUUCGGUGGAUUUAGGAUCUGGGUCUUAUCCCUAUGCUUGAUUUUUCAAUCGGGAUAUGGGUUUUAUCUUCCGGGGAGUUAUCCUCUAAAACAUGUUGUGGGUGAUGACUUAUCUGUCAAAGUUAAUUCUAUAACCUCAAUCGAUACCGAAAUGCCGUUUAGCUAUUACAGUUUGCCUUUCUGUACGCCUCCAGGGGGUGUUAAGGAUAGUGCUGAAAAUCUUGGCGAGCUUCUUAUGGGGGACCGGAUUGAGAACUCGCCGUAUCUGUUUAAGAUGUAUAAGAAUCAGACAGAUGUGUUCUUGUGUCAGACGGAUCCAUUGACUGAUGAUCAGUUAAAGAACUUAAAGGAGAGGAUUGAUGAGAUGUAUCAAGUGAACUUGAUCCUGGAUAAUUUACCGGCAAUCCGGUAUACCAAGAAAGAAGGCUAUCCUUUGCGUUGGACAGGAUAUCCUGUUGGCAUCAACGUCAAGGGUUCCUACUAUGUCUUUAACCAUUUGAAAUUUAAGGUUCUCGUUCACAAAUAUGAGGAGACCAACGUCGCGAGUGUAAUGGGAACGGGGGAUGCUGCAGGUGUGAUCUCAUCAAUCAGUAAACAAGAAUUGGAUGUCCCGGGAUACAUGGUUGUUGGAUUUGAGGUUGUACCCUGCAGUCCUUUGCACAAGGUGGAUUUAGCUAAGAACUUAAAGAUGUAUGAAAAAUAUCCAAAUCCUGUUCAAUGUGACCCUGGCAGUGUAUCAAUGCAAAUUAACAAAGGGCAACCUAUAGUGUUCACGUAUGAGGUUACAUUUGAAGAGAGUGACAUCAAGUGGCCUUCUCGAUGGGAUGCAUAUUUGAAGAUGGAGGGUUCAAAAGUUCAUUGGUUUUCAAUCUUGAACUCUUUAAUGGUGAUAACAUUUCUAGCCGGUAUUGUUCUUGUAAUUUUCUUGAGGACUGUUCGACGAGAUCUUACACGUUAUGAGGAACUUGACAAGGAGGCUCAAGCGCAGAUGAAUGAGGAGUUAUCUGGUUGGAAGCUUGUUGUGGGGGAUGUUUUCCGCGCUCCAGCCAAUCCUGCACUUUUGUGUAUAAUGGUUGGUGAUGGGGUUCAGCUUCUAGGGAUGGGAAUUGUGACCAUAUUGUUUGCUGCUCUUGGGUUCAUGUCCCCAGCCUCCCGUGGAACACUGAUUACAGGUAUGCUAUUUUUCUAUAUGAUUCUUGGUGUCGCAGCAGGGUACGUUGCUGUACGUCUUUGGAGAACUAUCUGUUGUGGCGACCACAGAGGAUGGAUUUCAGUCUCAUGGAAGGCUGCUUGUUUCUUCCCUGGCAUUGCCUUUCUUAUUCUUACUACACUGAAUUUUCUAUUGUGGGGUAGUGGAAGCACUGGUGCCAUUCCUUUUUCGCUCUUCGUUAUCCUACUUUUGCUGUGGUUCUGUAUAUCAGUUCCUCUUACUCUUGUUGGUGGGUAUUUUGGUGCCAAGGCACCCCACAUUGAGUAUCCUGUUAGAACCAAUCAAAUCCCAAGGGAAAUUCCACCCCAGAAAUACCCCUCAUGGCUUUUAGUACUUGGCGCCGGCACUCUUCCUUUCGGCACCUUGUUCAUCGAACUCUUCUUCAUCAUGUCUAGCCUCUGGAUGGGUCGUGUUUAUUACGUUUUUGGGUUUCUCUUUAUAGUGUUGGUGCUUCUUGUUGUUGUUUGUGCUGAGGUGUCCUUAGUUCUAACCUAUAUGCAUCUGUGCGUGGAAGAUUGGAAAUGGUGGUGGAAGUCUUUCUUUGCUUCUGGUUCAGUUGCCUUGUACAUCUUCUUGUACUCGAUUAAUUAUCUCAUCUUUGAUCUUAAGAGCUUGAGCGGACCCGUCUCAGCAACCCUCUACCUUGGUUAUUCGCUCUUCAUGGUUCUUGCAAUCAUGUUCACAACUGGAACAGUUGGAUUCCUCUCAUCGUUCUGGUUCGUGCAUUACUUGUUCUCUUCUGUGAAGCUGGAUUGAGUAAUCCCCAAACUCCUGAAACCAUUAAAAAGUGCAGCAAGCUCUAUGCAGAUGUUCUAUCAUGUAUUAGUCAUUGUCUUUGUUUUUUGUUUCACUCAAAUUGAGCAUGGAUCUAGAUAAUCUAGCAACAAUACUUGGUUAGAAGUUUUGCUUCCUAUUGUUUUAUGGAGCUCAUUGUAUGACAUUUUGAACCUGAGUUUACUUUUAGCUUUGUUAUAGAAAAGACCAAUAGUAGCUCUUUAUAAGUGAUGGGUAGUUUACAACUAAAUGGUUUACAUUGUAUUUUUUGUUUUAUCAAAACCAUGCAUUUCUCAA